CCUUUCUGGCACGGCGCCCAAUAAUUUCGACCCGACUCCCAGUCCUUCCAUACUUCUCGGCUUCUCUCGCCCAUCAUAUCUCAACUCCGAUCACUGUGACCUCAACCACCGCUCUGCUUUGGCUUUCAGCUCAAGCCUAUGGCGAUGUACGUCUUUUCACGGCGAGUAACCGCCGGAUCGACGCAGUUAACGGCGUUCCGUUACGCCACUACUUGCUGGAGGAACUAUUCGACGUCGUUUCGCGAGGAAAGGGACACCUUUGGACCCAUUCUCGUCCCCUCAGACAAACUAUGGGGAGCUCAAACUCAGAGAUCGUUGCAGAACUUCGAUAUCGGCGGCGACCGCGAACGAAUGCCGGAGCCUAUUAUUCGCGCCUUCGGUGUCCUCAAGAAAUGUGCUGCCAAGGUGAACAUGGAGUAUGGUCUUGACCAAUCUAUAGGGAAAGCUAUAAUGCAGGCUGCACAAGAAGUGGCCGAGGGGAAGCUAAAUCAGCACUUUCCACUUGUUGUGUGGCAAACUGGUAGUGGAACACAAAGCAACAUGAAUGCCAAUGAGGUCAUUGCAAACAGAGCAGCUGAGAUACUUGGACAUAAGCGCGGCGAGAAGUUUGUGCAUCCGAAUGACCAUGUUAAUAGAUCACAGUCGUCUAAUGACACUUUCCCAACCGUCAUGCACAUUGCAACUGCGAUGGAAGUAAAUUCAAGACUGGUACCAAAUUUGAAAACUUUGCAUUCUUCUCUACAACAAAAGUCGGAUGAGUUCAAAGAUAUUGUUAAAAUUGGACGCACUCACACACAAGAUGCAACACCUUUGACUCUUGGGCAAGAGUUUAGCGGCUAUUCUACACAGGUGAAGUAUGGAAUCGAGCGAGUCUUGUGCACUCUACCCCACAUGUAUCAGCUGGCACAGGGUGGUACUGCUGUUGGGACUGGACUGAAUACAAAGAAGGGAUUUGAUGUAAAGAUAGCUGCAGCAGUAGCUGAUGAAACAAACUUACCAUUUGUCACUGCAGAAAACAAGUUUGAAGCUUUGGCUGCACAUGAUGCUUUUGUGGAAACUAGUGGAGCCCUGAAUACAGUUGCUACUUCUCUGAUGAAAAUAGCUAAUGACAUACGUUUAUUAGGAAGUGGUCCACGAUGUGGUCUUGGUGAACUCAUUCUUCCUGAAAAUGAGCCUGGAAGCAGCAUUAUGCCGGGGAAGGUUAACCCAACCCAGUGUGAGGCUAUCACAAUGGUUUGUGCUCAGGUUAUGGGUAACAAUGUGGCCAUUACAGUAGGUGGAUCUAAUGGUCAUUUUGAACUAAAUGUAUUCAAGCCAAUGAUUGCUAGUGCUCUCCUACACUCUGUUAGAUUACUUGGGGAUGCAUCUGCUUCCUUUGAAAAGAACUGUGUUAGAGGAAUUGAAGCCAACAGGGAAAGAAUCUCAAAGUUACUUCAUGAGUCACUGAUGUUGGUCACGUCCUUGAAUCCUAAAAUUGGUUAUGACAAUGCUGCGGCAGUUGCAAAGAAAGCCCACAAGGAAGGAUCCACUUUGAAGGAUGCUGCAUUAAAACUUGGGGUGCUAACGAGUGAAGAGUUUGAUAAUCUUGUGGUGCCCGGGAAGAUGAUUGGCCCGUCUGACUGACAGUUUCUCAGGAUCUAGGCUUUAUGUUUCAUCAUUGCAUUUUCUCUCUCCAGAUGAAAUAAUGAUUCAACAUUGAUGUGAUUCAUAAUGAUUACAAACUAUAUUCUUGAGGUUUCCCCACAGUUGAAUUGGGUCUCUCAGGGAAAUGCCUCCAAAUUUUGUAACAACACGUACGCUCAGAAUAAAAUAGAGGAAAUAUUACUUUACCGUAUUGAACAGAAACAUGUGAUGAACCUGUUUCUUUCAUUUGUAUCAACACAGUGAAUAGGAGAUGAGCGAUCUAUUUCCUAUUAGA